AUGGCUCGGUUGGCGAAGUCUACAAUCUGGAGCGACGACGACGAGUUUCCCGACAUCGACGCUCUCGUCACUGGGAAGAAACCGCGGUCACAGAAAGAUGCACUAAAAUCACGGCAGAAACCAAAUGGGCCUUUUAGUACUCAAGAAGCAGCGAAGCCAGCCGUCACUGUCAGGCGACGGAAGCUAGCACCCUUGACCGACAAUUUGCUGCUGCGGGCAUGGACACCGGACAGUGCGGAAGAUGACGGAGAAAGGAGAGGUUCGGACCGAGAAACGGAGAACAUGGAACCACGGCGGACGAGAGUUGAACUAAGGACGAGGAGGGCGAAAUCUGCGGCCGCCCCCGCUCCAUCGCCGCUCCAGGAUGAGGAAUUUGUAUCAGCGCAAGAGGAGGUUACCAUUACCGAUGAUGUGUCUCUAUUCGACGGCACCUUUCACACUUGCAACUCAGAGGGCUCAGACUACAGCGGUAGCGAGGAUUUUGAGGAGGAUGGGAAGUCUCAACCAAAACCUCUGCGGACCGGGCGGCUGCCAGUAAAGCCAUUGCUUCGAAUGGUGGACAAAACGCGGUCGGGGCGUGCCAGCGAGGAUGCAACGGACAACUAUUGUUCCACGCCAGAAGCAGAAAAAGACAAUAGCAACCGGCCGGGAUCAGACGGAGAGUCUUCCAUACGCCUCCACGAUGCUGCAUCGAAGCCGGCGAGGGCACAAAAAGGCGAAAGGAGAACGAAAAAGGCGACCAAGGGUCUCGCAGAUUCCAUGUCUAAGCUUCAACUUUCUAACGAUAUCGAAGAAGAGUUUACCAAGUCUAGCACCUCAUGCCCAAGCGACCGCGAAGCCACACCUCCGCCAGCACCACCAAGCUCCCGACCUGGUCUCACAUCACCCACAAAGCUACUUCGUAUUCCCACCACACCUCACCGUCCCAAUUCCGACAUGUUUUGGAGCCAGGAGUUCGUCGACGAUUGGAACGAGGAGCAUUCGCCUGCAAAGCAACUGUUCCCAGACCCCGUCGCGGCUCGACAGAACAGCCCGACGAAGGCCAACCCCAAGACGACAACCAAGCGGAGCACAAGCGUAAAGGAGCCCUCCGAACGCGAGGUCAAGCUGGCAUUCGAGAAGACCAAGCACGAGCUCGCCAGGACCUUCCUUCAAGAACUCGACCAAACGAUCACCAACGGCAAACUAGCCGAAUUGACCGCCUCGACGGGCGGCAUCAAGGUAGUCUGGACGCACAAGUUCAACAGGACGGCCGGGCAAGCGAUUUGGAAACGCGAGACCAUCACCCCACAACGCCAGCCCGACGGCACCACCACCACUCCAGCCGCGCACAAGCACCACGCGUCCAUCGAGCUCGCCGAGAAGGUGAUCGACAGCGAGCCCCGCCUCAUCAACGUAGUGGCGCACGAGUUCUGCCACCUCGCCACCUUCAUGGUCAGCGGCGUCAAGACGAACCCGCACGGGGCCGAGUUCAAGGCCUGGGGCGCGCGGGUGUCGCGCGCCUUUGCGGGCCGCGGCAUCGCCGUCACCACCAAGCACUCGUACGACAUCAACACCAAGUACGUGUGGACGUGCGUCGCGUGCGCGGCCGAGUUCAAGCGCCACUCCCGCAGCAUCGACCCGGCCCGCCACGCUUGUGGCGCCUGCAAGGGCAAGCUGGUGCAGACCAAGCCCGUGCCGAGGCGUGCCAAGGGGAGUGCUGGUGGUGGGGGUGAUGGUGAUGGGGCGGCUGCUGCUGGUGGGGAGGGGAAGAAGGAGAAGGUGGUUAGUGCGUAUCAGGCGUUUAUGAAGGAGCAGAUGCGCGCGGUGAAGGCGCAGAAUCCGGGGUGUGCGCAAAAGGAGAUCAUGAGGAUCGUGGCGAGCCGGUGGGCGGCGAAGAAAGCUGCGACGGCUGCGUUGAUGACACCGCCACCAGAUGAGGGGGGUGAGAGAUUAUGA